AUGAAGAUGGACGCAAAGACAGGAGACAAAAAAAUAGUACCAGCAGGAAAGGCACCAGCAAAGGGUGUAGGCGCAUCUGAAAAGAAGAAGAAGAAGGCAAACCACAUGUCUAAAAGCCAAUACAAUUUCAGAUCAUCCAUUAAGAGAAUGCUUAAGAACACCUACCAGGCUGCACCCCCUCAGGUCAGCGGGCCAGUAGUAGAAAGUCUUUGCAACAUUGUCUGUGACAUAAUUGACAAGCUGUCCCACGACUGCGAGAUUCUUGCACGCAAGGUAGGCAAGCAGACAAUCAACCUUGAGGAAGUAAUGGCUGCAGUGCAGGUCAAUCUCUCAGGUGAGCUCAGAACCCAUGCUCUUAAGGAAAUAAAGGAGGCUGUCGCUAAGGUACCAUCCAGAUCCAGUAAGUGA